GGGGCCGUAGCGAUUUGUAAAGCGGUGCCAUCCGCAUACCACAUAUAGGGCUUGACCUGCCGCACUGUUUCCAGAAAAAAAUCAGGGCUCCAUGUUUUAUUUAAUUUUUUGUUUUGUUGGCAGAAUUAAAGGUUGUUGUUAAAGGAUGACUGCAAAGCGCUCCCCCAUCUGAAAGACACCAGAGGACGCGAUUCUUCAAGUGCACUUGCAUUUAUGGAAUAAAAACAGCCAUCAUCAUGUCAGGGAAGUCAGACGGCAAAAAGAAAUGGGCGGCAGUCAGGGGUCGCCUAGGCUCCUCGCAGGAUUCAGACACCCAGCAGGAAGCCAACCUUGAGAGUGCUGAUCCAGAGCUGUGCAUCAGGCUGCUACAAGUCCCCACCGUGGUCAACUACUCUGGGCUGAAGCGUCGCCUGGAGGGGAGUGACCAGACAUGGAUGGUCCAGUUCCUGGAGCUGAGUGGGUUGGAUCUCCUCUUAGAGGCCCUGGACCGGCUCUCAGGGCGGGGAUGCUCUCGCAUUGCCGAUGCCCUCCUGCAGCUCACCUGCGUCAACUGUGUCCGGGCCGUCAUGAACUCCUCCACAGGGAUCCACUUCAUUAUAGAGAAUGAAGGCUACAUUCGGAAGCUCUCCCAAGCUUUGGACACUUCCAACACCAUGGUGAAGAAGCAGGUGUUUGAGCUACUUGCCGCCCUCAGCAUGUUCUCUCCAGAUGGCCAUCGCCUGUCACUGGAUGCCCUGGACCACUACAAGGGCGUGAAGACACAGCAGUAUCGCUUCAGUGUGAUCAUGAACGAGCUGCAGGCCACAGACAACGUCCCGUACAUGGUCACCCUUCUCAGUGUCAUCAACGCCCUCAUCUUUGGGACAGAUGACCUCAGGCAAAGAGAUAAAAUGAGGAAGGAGUUUAUUGGACUUCAGUUACUUGAUGUUCUGCCAAAGUUAAGGGAGCAGGAGGAUGAAGACUUGAUUAUUCAAUGUGAAGCUUUCGAAGAGGCAAUGGCUGAAGAUGAAGAGGAGCUGCUGCGGAUCUAUGGGGGCAUUGACAUGAGUAAUCACCUGGAGGUUUUCACCACACUAUUCAACAAGGUGAGCAGCUCUCCAGCCUCUCUCCAGCUGCUGUCCAUCCUGCAGACGUUGUUGAUGCUUGGACCAGGCCGCCCUGAUAUAUGGCUUGCUCUGGAGGCUAUCACUAACAGAGCCAUACUGCUGGCCCAGGACUCUCAAAUGGAGUCCAGUGAGAAGAUAAUGCAGCGGCUGAUGUUCUCCAAAGGCUGUGAAGGUCGUCAUGAAGUGGACGGGCAGCUGGUGAAAAUGGACAAGGCCGUGCAGACUGAUUCGGAUCUUCAGGACAAAGACAAGUCAGACAAAAGCAUCACAUCCUCUCAGAAGCCAUUGUGUGCCGCUCCUCCACCUCCACCUCCCCCUCCACCGCCACCACCGCCUCCUCUACCCCCGAGUAUGACUGGACCAAACCAGUGCCCACCUCCACCUGCACCACCACCACCACCACCUCCUCCACCGCUACCAGGAGGGUUUGGUGGACCACCCCCUCCUCCUCCUUUGCCUGGAAUGCCACCGCCGCCACCGCCACCACCAUUUCCCUGCGGUCCAGGCAUGCCUCCCCCACCUCCACCUCUACCAGGGAUGGGUGGCGGACCACCGCCACCACCACCCUUGCCUGGCAUGCCACCUCCCCCAGGCAUGAUAGCGGCUCAAAGUAGCCACACCCUGGGGUGUGCUAUACCUAUAAAGGCAAACCGAUGCCCCACCCUAAGGAUGAAAAAGCUCAACUGGCAAAAACUCCGCUCUGUUACUGAUGGUCACUCCAUGUGGGCCUCGGUUCAGAAAGACCCUCCUGCUCCGGAGCCGGACUACAGCAGUAUCGAGCAGCUGUUCUGUCUCCCGGUGACUGAGCACAAAGACAAGGGGGCAGCUGCUCCUGUCAAGAAGGAGCCUAAAGAGAUUUCAUUCAUUGAUCCAAAGAAAAACUUGAAUUUGAACAUAUUCUUAAAGCAAUUCAAAUGCAAAAAUGAGGAUUUUGUAGCCAUGAUUCAAAACGGAGACCGUACUAAGUUUGAUGUGGAGGUGCUAAAACAGCUUCUAAAGCUCCUACCAGAAAAGCAUGAGAUUGAAAACUUGAAGUCCUUCCAGGGAGAAAAGGAUAAGCUGGCAAAUGUUGACCGUUUCUAUACCUCCCUUCUCACUGUGCCAUGUUACCAGCUGAGGAUUGAGUGCAUGUUGUUGUGUGAGGAGACGUCAUCAGUGUUGGAUAUGCUCAAACCUAAAGUUAAGCUGGUAGAGGAAGGCUGCCAGUCCCUCAGAAUGAGCACGCUCCUGCCAAGUUUCUGCAAGCUCAUUCUCGACGUUGGAAAUUUUCUCAACUAUGGAAGUCACACAGGGAACGCAGAGGGCUUCAAGAUCAGCUCUUUGCUCAAGCUUACAGAGACCAAGGCCAACAAGAGCCGCAUUACGCUGCUUCACCACAUCCUGGAGGAAGCAGAAGUGAACCACCCAGAGUUGUUGGCAUUGCCAGAUGAUAUAGAGAUCUGUGAAAAAGCAGCAGGAGUUAAUCUGGACUCUGUUCAGUCAGAAGCCAGUGCCUUACUAAAACGACUGAACGAGACCGCCAAGAAGGUCUCCAACUCUGUGGAAGAGGUGAAGGAACAAUACACAAAAGUUCUUGAGGAAAACUUGGAGGCAUGUCGGUCUUUAAGUGAAAGGUUCACUGUGAUUGAGAAAAAGAAGAGCGAGCUGGCUGUCUACUUGUGUGAAGAUGCCAAUCAGCUGUCGCUUGAGGAAGUCUUUGGAAACAUCAAGACGUUCCGAGGACUUUUUAUCAAAGCACUGAAGGACAACAAAACCAGGAGAGAGCAAGCAGCCAAGGCUGAGAAGAGAAAGAAGCAGUUGGCAGAGGAAGAGUCCAAGAGACAGAAGGGAGAGAAUGGAAAAAUAAUCAAGAAAGGCUUUGUGCCACAGGAUGACGGCUGCAUCAUCGACCACCUUCUGGCGGAUAUCAGGAAAGGUUUCACCCUAAGAAAGACCAGGCCAAGGUGCGAUUCGGAAAGCCUCCCUUCUAGUGAAAUUCGUAGGGAUACCUGCCCGUCUGAAUCAAGUGUGAAGCCUGUAGAAGAAGAAGCCGCCGACACGGCCACCAUUACCGCUCCCACCAAGCCUCAGAACGAGGGUCACCAGGCCAGCGCAGGCGAAGUGAACGGCUUCAUCAGCCCAUCAGAAGAGACUCCAUCAGCACCGCAGAGUGCAGUGCAAGACAGAGCAGCUGUAGCUCCCAGCACACUCCCAGACGAGGUAGCCGUGAAGGAGAAGGCACCCCCGGAAAAACCUGCGUCGCUGCAGGAGGGGAAACUCCCACAGGGAUCUGCAGUAUCUUCGCAAAAUCUGACACAACCCCAGCCUCAGGUUGAAGUGGAACCCCAACCACGUCUCCCCACGAAUGGCUUUUCAAUGGGAUCAACUGAGACCAGCGCCCUCAGCCCAUCUUCUCUCACUGAUUCAGACCUGCUAGAAGCUGUCUUAGAUUCCACUUCCAGUCUGGAACCUGAGAAGCUGAUGUCUGAGGAGCCAGCGGGUAUUAGUAUAAAUGUUGAGAUCAGGGAAAGUCCUUUACCUAACCUAAGAGACAGUGUGACACAGAGUAGUGAAAGCAAUAUAACACAAGGAGGUGGGCAAGGUGAAACUAGUGAUAAAAUAAGCCAUUUAUCAGAGACUGUAGGACAGGAGAAGGGUCAACAACAGUGCGAACACAUUACUGUGAAAACGCUCAGCGAUGACGAGGUCGUUAGCUCCAAACAUUCGGACCCUAAAAGCAAUGUGACUACACAAAGUGAGGAGAUCGACGGGUGGGAUGUCCCGGAUGGACUGCAAUCAGAAGAUCAGCCAUCGGUCUCUGAAGCAGUGCCUCCGCCUCCUAAACCAGAACCAAAGAAACAACACAGCCUCUUUAAACGAAACAAAAAGAAGAGUAAUCAAGGUAACAGUGGGAAAGGACACACUAAACAUAAAAAAGGCUGUGUGUUGCAGUGAGGUAGGUCAAAUCGAUGGGACGGCGACCCCCAACUGUGACUCAAGAAAGAGGAAGUCAAGAGGAAAAAGAAAAUGUUAAUUUCACUCUGGAGUUCUGAACUGGAAGGACUGAAGUGUAUUUUAUUUUGUGAGACAACAUGACUAUUGACUCCUUCAGGAGGAUGCAGAGGUCUUCCUUUUGCAAUGAUUUUGUUUUCCAGGACCAAGAAAAGAAGCGUCUAAUGCUGGGGAUCUUCACAGCAUGGAUGUUAAGGUGUCACUUUAUGUAAAUGAGUUGUAGUUUUUGUGUACAUGAGUGGCUUUUUGAUUCAAAAGAGUUAAAUAUGCUUUAUAUGUUUUGUAUACUUGUAACAUGCAGUGAAUGUGUUUUGCUAUUUGCUCUAUUUGUCCUUCAACACCUAUAGGAAAAAAAAAGAUGCAGUGUUUGGUGAAAGAUGUUUAAUUUAACUCAAAGCUGCUUGUCUGAAUUUCUAUAAAUAAUAUUAAAAUGAUCUCUAACAUGAAAUCUAAAGACAAAAUUUAAUGGAUUGUAACUUUUAAUGUUGAAUAUAUUUUAAUAAAAGUGUAUUUCCUGUUCA